AUGCAGGCGCCGUUGUACGUGAACGGCCGCGCCGGGCUGUUGUCCCCCGCCGGCAUCCGGACGUACCGAAAGAUGGGGGUGGUGGUGGCGCGGGGGCUACUCCCGGACAGCCUCGUCGCCACACUCGCACGUGCUUGUCGCGACGUUGCAGAGGCGCGUGGGGCCCGCGUGUUCCCCGGCAUCGACGAGGAACAUAACGGCCGCAUCGACUUUGACGCCCGGAUGGAGCCAAAACCGACGGCCAACUUGGGUGCCCAAACGCCUCCGCCGGAAAUACAAGAGCGGCUGCGGCAGCAUGAUGAGGCACGGGCGUUGGAGCGGCGAUACCGCAAAGUACUGCUGAAGUGCCGCAACACGCGCGAGGUGGAUCGCGUGUAUGCGAAGCUGGCGGCGGUGCGUGCGAAGUACAUGAGGUUCAAAUACGUGAAGAACUGCGUGCCCGAGGAGGAGGAGGAGCGUGGCGGGCGGAUGAGUGACAAACGCAUCCAGGAGCUGGGCAGCAAGCACACCUACGAGGACGUGAAGGAGAGUUUUGAGAGGUACCGGGGCAGCGGGAAGAUGGAGAUGGAGGUGCGGCGCGAGUAUCACCUCGACCGGGCGCUGGAGCACCUGCAGAAUUGGUCCAAGUGUUGGUGCCGCGUGUGGCCGGAUUCGCCAGAGCUUCAGCGGCUGCUGCUGCUGCCGGAGGGCGGGGCGUUGGGCACCGCCAUUGGCGAGGCCGCGGCGGCGUUGGCGGGGGAAAUUGUCAUUCGCCUCUUCGAUGACGCUGUGCACGACUACCACCCGUUUUUGAACAGCACGCCAUUUCACUUCGUCGGCAGCUCAACAAACUUCCGAAGCCUCAGCAGCAUGACAGUGUCUGUGGGGCUGGCCGCAGGGCGGGCGCCGGUGCUGGUCAUCCCCGGCUCUCACCACGUCAUGCAGGAGUUCACCGAUGACGGCCGUGACUUUAGUCGCUACCGCGCCGGCGGAGUGUUUGACAUGGGGCGAGCGAUACGCAACAUUGCGCCACUGCGGGAAUUACCGGUUGUGCAGCUGGAGCCACUUGAGCCCGGCAGCGUCAUCUUUACAAACCACUACACAGUAAGCGCGGUGCAGCCAACGUUGUGCGGCGGGGCGGCGAAUUACAUCCCGCCGUCAGCUCGCACCGUCAACUGCCCUUAUCAAUACUCCAUGACCCUCAUGCCGGACCGUUGCGUCUUUGAUGGUUUGCGGAACUCGUGGGCGUCGCGGGAUUCACACGGGCCAUUGCACAGCUAUAAGCCCGGGCAGCCACUUGUUGAUGAUGUUGUUUUUCCUGUCAUUCACAGGGCGCUUGACGUGGAGUAA